AUGGACAGGCAGCGAUCCCCGCUUCGGGCGCCCAGUGCGAUUCCACGAUUAGUCUCCAGAAUCCCGGUGCCAACGACAUCGCCGUCCAAGAACCUCAGGCCUUCUCCCUCGAGGGAACGCUUACAGGCUGACCCGGGCGUCAAUGUCGCGCGGUUGCGCAGGCCUUCGGAAGAGACCCUAUUCAAAAAGCCUCUUCCGAGGCCAUCAUCCCCGACCAAGGGUGCGGAAAGAACAAAUAGACACAGGACAUCUCUCGCCUAUCGCCCCAGUUAUGGGAGCAACUUCGGGGUGGAGGAUGUCGACGCUGGAGAACAACCGGAUUGGGAGACUAGCUCCAUUCACGAACCAGAGACACCAGGGCCGAAGAGAGAUACGGUGUCUUCGUUGUCGGAUAGGACCAUAGAGACGCUCUCCCAGAUUCCACCGUCGCCAGCUUCUCUAAGGAGGAAGUCUAGUUUCUUCACUGCGGAGAGCCCGAUGCGUCCUCCCUCACGUCCAGCCUCGUCGAUGACCAAUUACUCGAGAUCGCCAUCACGAUCGUCAUCACGGCAACAGAGUAGAGACGAGUCUGUUUCGCGUCUCUCGUCAUCAAUGCGGCUCGCUCCAGGAUCUCGUCCCCCAGGCUCCUCCGGUUCUCAGAGAUCUGCUAGUUCUGUUAGCCCUGUCCGGGAUCCUGCAUCUAAGACAACGACAACAAGACUUCCCGGGAGGAACAUAUCACAGCCAGCCAGGCCACAACUAUCCGGUACCUCGACGUCUGACAGACGAUCCGAAACCGUGCCGGCAAGAACAAGCGUCUAUGGACCGGCAGAAACGGAAACCGACCAGACAAACCGACCUCUGGCGAUCAAGAAAACUAGGAAAACAUCAUCAAUAUUCUCGUCGAAUCUUACAUCUCCAUCUUCAACCGUGUCUAAAGCGUCGUCAGCUACGUCGGGUGGUUCAGAUAUGGGCGUGCAUGAGGAAAAGGAAGAAGCCGAAACCCGAAAGGUCUCCAAAUCUUCCAGCGCAUUAAGGGACAGCAUCGCAAAGGCGAAGGCAGCGAGGAAAGCCACGAAGAAGAGCAAUGUUGACACAGCCCUCAACGACUCAUGGUCUGAAGUGCAGGAUCCGUUUAACCUUCGUUCAAAAGAACCGAACAAUGGGCUUCUUCGGAAGCGCGUGGACACGGCUCGUACUUCGGGUACACUGAAUAUCGCCGCGAUGGACCUCAAAGAGAUUCCCAAGGAGGUCCUGACCAUGUACGACUUCGACCCUAACAGCUCUAACGACUGGUUCGAAAAUGUGGACCUUGUGAAGUUUAUUGCAGCCGAUAAUGAACUGACGGAAUUGUCCGAUGCUGCGUUUCCGGAUGUCGAUCCGGAGAGCUUUGACAUGGAGGAUGACAGUAAAGGCAAUCAAUUUGGGGGCCUAGAAGUGCUAGACUUGCAUGGAAACGCAUUGCAUGCUCUACCUAUAGGUCUGAGGAGGUUGCAGCGACUGCAUAGUCUGAACCUUUCGAGCAAUCAGUUAAGCAUGGAAGAUCUAGGUGUUAUUGCUGAGAUCGAGACGCUCAAGGACCUGAAACUAGCAAAUAACAACCUGGAGGGCACUAUGAUGCCAGCCAUCAGCCGUUUGAGAAACCUUGAGGUCUUGGAUCUGCAUGGUAACAAACUCACGGAUCUGCCUGAUGGCCUGGAGGAGUUGACAUCUCUCAAGGUGUUAAAUGUCGGAGAAAAUCAAUUAACUCGUCUACCUUUCGAGAUAUUGAGCGGACUCCCACUGACAGAAUUGAUUGCUCCUAAGAAUCAACUUCAGGGUGCCCUGAUACCGGCUUCGGUUACUCGACUCGAGUCACUGCAAGUCCUGAACGUGGUCGGGAAUACGUUGCAAAGACUGUCUGACGGCGAUGUGCUGGAGCUGCCUAGUUUGCAGACUCUCUCGCUGGAUGUGAACCGUAUAACAACUCUUCCAAACGUGUCAUCCUGGAAGGCACUCCUAACACUGUCAGCGGAGGAUAAUCGCAUCACCGCGCUUCCAGAAGGUUUCGUCGAGCUACAAAAUCUCAGAAACGUCGAUCUGACGGGCAAUGAUAUUAGACUAUUGGAUGACAAAAUUGGACAAAUGGAGAACCUCUUCACUUUCCGCAUAGCGAACAACCCAUUGCGCGAGAAGAGAUUCUUGAGCAUGAACACGGAAGAUCUCAAACAUGAUCUACGCAGUCGAUUGGCCCCGGAGCCUCAUGACACGGAGGACGAAGAUGAGGGCUCUGUAAAGACCGAAUUCACUCUUGCACCAGAGAGUCCCGUCGGCGCGAGUCCGUGGAAGGUCAAGCCUGGAGGCGUCCUGGACCGUUCUUCAAGUGAGAUGACUGAAUUGAAAGCCGAGGAUCUGGCGCAGUUGUCAUCUUCUCACGACAUCCGAUUCCUUUAUCUCCAGCGAAAUAAGCUGCGAAACUUCCCCGUGCCAGCCCUUAGUCUCCUGGCCCAGACUUUGACGGACCUUGAUCUCUCAAGAAAUCCUUUGGACACUAUGGAACUGUUUCCUGCGGCGAUUUCCCUUCCCAAUCUUCAGAACCUCAACAUCAAUGGCUCUGGCAUCACCUCACUCGAGGGUCUCGAAUCGAACCUAUCCGCCCCGUCUCUCACAUUUCUCAACAUCUCCAAUAACCGUGUGGCUGGUGCCUUGCCCACCCUCCGUAACACGUAUCCCAAACUCGUCACCUUACUUGCAGCAGAUAACAAGUUCUCCAGCCUCGAUUUCGAUGCCGUCAAGGGACUUCAAGUCCUCGACGUGAGCAAUAACGAUAUUAACUUCCUUCCUCCCAAGAUUGGCUUGUUGGCAACAGAAACCUCUGGACCCAAGUGGACCGGUGGUUCAGGAUUGAAGAGAUUCGAGGUCACGGGCAAUACGUUCAAGGUUCCGAGGUGGCAGACCGUGUUGAAGGGCACGGAGGCUAUUCUGGAAUGGCUCAAGGGGCAGAUCUCGACUGAGGAGCUAGAGCAAUGGGUGAACGACGGAGAGGAUAUCCAGCCAGACGACGAUGGGUAUUGAGAAAUUGGCCGUUCUCAUAAACCACGCAGUCCUGCAAUUGACAGGCUCUUUGUAAGUCAAAGCUGGCCUUUCGGGUUGGCUGCAUUCAUGGUGGUCUUUGCAUUCGAUUAUUCUUUAUUCUUUCAAUACUUGUGUGUCUAUUAGCCCUUUUGCCUGACACGGGCGAUCCUGUACCAUUUUAUACUAAAUUUCGGAACUAUAUAUAAUAAAUUCUAUUGAAU